AUGAGUUCCAGACCAUCGUCUUCAGCAUCGGAACUUCCUUUCCUUUAUGCGAAUCAACUCCCUUCUAAUCCUUCGAACAUACCUGCUAGCUCGGGAAUGGAUAUAAUUUCUGAAAUGAGAAGCACAUUGAGCACUCCGAGGACAAGAGAUAACUUCGUGUCCAGUCAGUCGAACGACAACACGUGGUCCUCCUUUAACGAUAUAUACACCUAUGCAUUACCUACAAAUAUGGGUCCCACACAUAGAUUCAGUGUUCACGAGGACCCCCAAUAUACACCCAUACACUAUACUGAUACAGAAAGUUCAGAAGCAGAAUCAACUAACUUUGACACCCCUCAAUCCUCCGCAUUUGGCCACUCCCUCUCCACAUCCUAUGAGGAAGUUGAUGACUUCAGAAUUGGAGACAAAUUUUUUGACGUUGAUACCCCUGAAAGUACAAACAGGGUUUUAACAGUCAUAGGAAUGCUCCCAUCAUAUCCGAACAUACGCGGUGAAACAGAACAGUUGUCUAUGCUCAACCUCGAAGAUACAGAGAGUACUACUCCAAAACAAACAGAAUUUAAUGAUCUUAAAAUAGAAUUGAAGCCGGCACCAAGAUUGAGAACUGGCAGGACCAUCUCAGAUUUAGGUGAGGAGUAUCCUGAAGAUGAAAAUGAAGGUAUCACCCCAAAAAAGCGUCUGAGAAAGAAAAAAAAGAAAGUAGGAAUACAUUUUAAAGAAGAUGAGAGAAGCUUUAGGAGCCUAAAGAGUGUCAUGAAGGUGGAAAGAACCACACAUGAUAAUCACAGACACGAAUGCCCACGUUGUAAGAAAGUUUUUAAACAGAGAUCACAGAUCAAAAGGCAUAUUGACUGUGUGCAUUUGAAAUUAACCAAGUAUGUGUGUCCAUUUUGCGUUAUAAAGUUUAAGAGGUCAGACCAUUUGACAAAUCACGUCAAAAGAAUUCACCCAGAGAAGUUUAACGAAUUUUUGGUGACCAAGAAAAGACAUAGGGUGAAGCAAAGAUAA